AUGCAGCCCGAACGAGACUUUGUUGAGUUUGAAGCCGAUGACAAGGAGAAUCCUCGCAGGUGGCACCCGCUUCUCAAGGGUUUCAUCAUUGUCUGGAUAUGCUUCAACGCAUUGACCGUCACUUGCUAUGCAUCUACCUACUUGGAUGCCGUUCCCUAUAUCCAAGAGCUUUUCCACAUUGGUUCCACGGUCGCUAAACUGGGCUUCACGUUCUACGCCGGGGCAUGCGGUUUGGGGCCAUUGUUCUUAGCCCCACUCUGUGAACUCUACGGACGCAAAUGGGUGUACGUAGGCAGUGCUCUAGGCUGGACAGCAUUCCAAGUCGGCGCUGCGUGUGCCGAGAACACGGCUACGAUCCUGAUCUGCCGCUUCUUCGCGGCCCUUCUCGGGACUGCGUCCUUCUCCAAUGCCGCAGGAUCAAUCCACGAUCUCAGCGUCCCAGGCCUAUUCCAGUCCUCCGCGACCAUGCUGUUCUGUAUGGCAUUGUUUAUGGGGCCAGUGAUUGGGCCUAUCGUAUCUGGGUACAUCGUGGAGAACACGACCUGGCGUUGGAUCUUCUAUGCUGCGAUCAUUGCGGGCGGUGUGGAGACCGUAGUUUUUGCGGUGCUGCCCGAAACGCACCAUGGCAUCAUCCUCAUGCGCAAGGCGGCCCGCCUGCGGAAGCAGCACCCUGCGCGUGAUGUCCGCUCUGCAUUCGAGCUCGAGCGGCCCAGCGUCGCGCAAGCGCUGCGUAUAACCGCGACGCGCGCAGGGAGCAUGCUCGUGAGCGAUCCGAUCAUCCUUGCGAUUUCGCUUUGGCAGACGACCGUGUUCGGUAUCAUCUACCUCUUCUUUGACGCGUUCCCGAUUGUGUUCGGGGCGCACGGCUUCGGCGUCGGCGCGACGGGCCUGACAUUCCUCGGCAUCGGUGUCGGGAUGCUACUGUAUGGCGUGUUCGCCAUGACAGCUGGGGAGAGGAUCGAAGAAUCAGAGUCCCGCAAGAGCGGCACCCGCACCCCCGAGCGGCGUCUCAAGCUAGGCCUGCUUGGAGCCAUCAUUGUGCCCAUCUCACUCCUGUGGUUUGGAUUCACGACGUACACCUCCGUGCCGUACAUGGUGCCUAUCGUCGCAUCAGGCUUCUACGGCUUCGGCUUCCUCGCCGUCAGCCUCAGCACAUUCUACUACACCAUCGAUGCAUAUACGACGUAUGCGGCGUCUGCGUUCGCGGCACAGGCGAUGAUACGGUCAGUGGUGACGAGUGUGUUCGUGCUAUUCGGCACGCAGAUGUUCAGCGGGCUGGGACCUCGGUGGGCAACAUUCAUUCUUGCGAUGAUAGGUGUAGUGGAGAUUGCGUUGCCCAUCGUCUUCAUGAGGAAGGGCGAGGCGCUGCGCAAGGCGAGUGGCUUCGCGAGCGUCGAAGUCGAGCAUGAACACGUGGUUGAAGACAAGGCCUCGAGCGACGAGGAGAAGCAGACAGAGACGCACAGCUUGGACGACGAUAAACGGGCGUGGGUGCAGGAACAGGCUCCGUGA